AUGGCUGACUCAAGUCCAGAAAAUGUUUCCGCUACUACCAGGGAUAAGAGAGUACAGUUUGGGAAUCGGUUCUUGAAUGAUCCAGCCCGAGUUUUCCACCAUAAUGCCUGGGACAAUGUGGAGUGGUCGGAAGAACAGGAGGCAGCAGCGGAGAGGAGGGUGCGAGAGAACAGCGCUCAGCGAGUACCGCCCGAAAAGCAAGUUGACUAUGAGGUUAAUGCACACAAAUACUGGAAUAACUUCUACAAAAUCCAUGAAAAUGGUUUUUUCAAAGAUAGACACUGGCUUUUUACUGAAUUUCCUGAACUGACUCCUAGCCAGAACAAAAGCAACCUAAAGAAUUUGCUGUUAAAAGACAGUGGCCAUGAAAUAAUUGAACACAGAAACUCUGGCAAUGGACUUGGAUUAAUAGUAUCUAAUACUCAAGAGCAGCACAAGACUUCUUCAUAUAGCCUUGAUGAUAAAGAGCAGAAGCACCCCACAGAUGAGACAAUUCAGAAUACUUGUCAUCUGGAUAUAAACACUGAUGGUUUUCCUGGGUCCUCAUCUACCUACCGAAUUCUAGAGGUUGGCUGUGGUGUGGGAAACACGGUCUUUCCGAUUUUACAUACUAACAAUGACCCUGGACUCUUUGUAUAUUGUUGUGACUUUUCUGCUACAGCUAUAGAUCUUGUCCAGACAAAUUCAGAGUAUGAUCCUUCUCGAUGUUAUGCCUUCGUUCAUGAUCUGUGUGAUGAGGAAAAGAGUUACCCGAUGCCCAGAGAGAGUCUUGAUAUCAUUAUUCUCAUCUUUGUCCUUUCAUCAAUUGUCCCAGACAAGAUGCAGAAUGCCAUUACCCGACUAAGCUAUCUUCUGAAACCUGGAGGGAUGAUUCUCUUGCGAGAUUAUGGCCGUUAUGACUUGGCUCAGCUCCGAUUCAAAACAGGUCAGUGUUUGUCUGAAAAUUUUUAUGUGAGAGGUGAUGGUACCAGAGUUUACUUCUUUACACAAGAUGAACUAGAUACACUGUUUACUACUGCUGGAUUGGAAAAAGUUCAGAACAUGGUGGAUCAUCGACUCCAAGUAAACCGAGGGAAACAGCUGACAAUGUAUCGAGUUUGGAUCCAGUGCAAAUACCGCAAACCCCUUUCCCCAAACAUAAGCUGAGAGGAAUUCAUCUUGUUAGACAAUGGAAUGAGUGAUACCCUAACAAGUGUUAUAUUUCUGUACCUUUUUAUAUGAAUAGAGGAUCUAUGUGAUCACAGUGUUUUGUGUCAUCUUCACGUGGAAUAUUUUAAGGAAUCUAAAGACCAGAAAUUUUCAGUUUGAAAAAUUACUUUUUAUCCAAAAUUCUUAUUUGAGCAUUCAUUUUUUUUUUUUAACCUUAC